AUGGUGGGUGAUGGCCCCUGCCUUAUCUCUGAUCUGGACUGGCGAGGCCAGCGGAGAUCAUUUUCAGAGAGAUAUGACCCCAGCUUGAAGACCAUGAUCCCAGUGAGACUCUAUGCAAGGCUGGCACCCAACCCUGUGGAUGACGCAGGGCUGCUCUUUGCCACAUUCUCUUAGCUCACGCCAGUGAUGGUGAGAGGCUACAAGCACACGCUGACUGUGGACACACUGCCCCCACUGUCACCGUAUGACUCAUUCGACACCAAUGCCAAAAGAUUUUGAAUCCUUUGGGAUGAAGAGGUAGAAAGGAUGGGUCCCGAGAAAGCCUCUCUGGGCCGGGUGGUCUGGAAAUUCCAGAGGACGCAUGUUUUGAUGGAUAUCGUGGCCAAUAUCCUGUGCGUGAUCACGGCAGCCAUAGGGCCGAUGAUUCUCAUUCACCAAAUCCUCCAGCAGACUGAGAGCAUCUCCAGGAAGGUCUGGGUUGGCGUCAGCCUGUGCACAGCCCUUUUCACCACGGAGUUUACCAAAGUUCUCUUUUGGGCCCUUGCCUGGGCCAUAAAUUACUGCACGGAGAUCCGGUCGAAGGUGACCAUCUCCACCCUGGUUUUCGAAAACCUGGUGUCAUUCAAGAGGCUGACACACAUCUCUGUUGGUGAGGUGCUCAAUAUACUAUCAAGUGAUAGUUAUUCUUUGUUUGAAGCUGCCUUGUUUUGCCCCUUGCCAGCCACCAUCCUUAUCCUAAUGGCUGUCUGUGUAGUGUACUCCUUUUUCAUUCUGGGGCCCACAGCUCUCAUCGGGAUAUCUGUGUAUGUGCUAUUCAUCCCCAUCCAUAUAUUUAUGGCUAAGCUCAAUUCAGCUUUUCGAUGAUCAGCAAUUUCAGUGACAGAUGAGCGAGUUCAGAUAAUGAAUGAGUUUCUGACCUGCAUCAAGCUGAUUAAAAUGUACACCUGGGAGAAAUCUUUUACGAAUGCCAUCCAAGAUAUAAGGAAGAGGGAAAGGAGAUUACUGGAAAAAGCUGGAUUUGUCCAAAGUGGAAACUCAGUGCUGGCCCCCAUUGCAUCCACCAUAGCCAUUGUACUGACAUUUACCUGCCACAUCCUCCUGAGAUGAAAGCUCACUGCCCCAGUGGCAUUUAGUGUGAUUGCCAUGUUUAAUGUAAUGAAGUUUUCAAUUGCAAUCUUACCUUUCUCGGUCAAAGCAGCAGCUGAAGCCAAUGUCUCUCUAAGGAGAAUGAAGAAAAUUCUCAUAGCUAAAAGCCCCUCAUCUUACAUCACCCAACCAGAAGACCCAGAUACAGUCUUUCUUUUAGCAAAUGCCACCUUGACAUGGGAGCAAGAAACCAGGGGGAAAAGUGACCUAAAGAAAGUGCAGAACCAGAAGAAGCAUCUUCUUAAGAAACAGAGGCCAGAGGCAUACAGUUUGAGUCCAUCAGGUCAGGGAGUCACCAGCGCCCAGGAGCAACGUGGCAGCCCCAAAUCGAUUCUGCACAAUAUAAGCUUUGUGGUGAGAAAGGGGAAGGUCGUGGGCACCUGUGGGAAUAUUGGAAGUGGAAAGACUUCCCUCCCUGCAGCUCUCCUAGGACAGAUGCAAUUACAACAAGGGAUCGUGGACGUCAAUGGGACUCUGGCCUGCGUUUCCCAGCAAGCAUGGAUCUUUCAGGGAAAUGUGAGAGAAAACAUAUUAUUUGGAGAGAAGUAUGAUCACCAAAGGUAA